CCCAAAAGCGGCUUCUUCUUAAAAGGCCUCUCCACGGUCCUGGGAUUUGCUCGCCUCUUGCUCCAGAUCCCAUUACGAGUUUACAACUACAUCAUCUGAAAAGGCAAAUUAGGAGUACGGAAUUUGGGUUCCAUUCCAAUAGAACAGGAAGGAAUUACCAAAUCUUGUUGUGAAGAUGGUUUUUGCAAGGAUUGCCAGUAAAGGACUGAGAAUGUCCGGAACCACGUUCGGUAUGCAAUCGUGUCUCAAGGAUACGUAUUGCCCCGGAGCAUCAACGUAUAAAUGUUUCAUCCAACCAUUAAAUAAUGUCACUAGAAAUGGCAAUAUGUUGAACCUUCCUCACAUGGCAAGGGUGAAUCACAUGGAAUUUUGGAACAGGGGAAUAAGAACAACGCCGCAGCACCAGUUUCCUUCAGCCGAAAGGGUUGUAGAGGAGUCUGAUUUGGAGUGUGAUGAGCCAACUUUUUGGCCUGGACUGGAAGCAACCAAGCCAGGGGAAAAGCCGAGGGUGGUCGUCCUCGGUACUGGCUGGGCUGCGUGUCGAUUCCUCAAGGGGCUCGACACCAAGGUCUAUGAUGUUGUUUGCAUAUCACCUAGGAAUCAUAUGGUGUUUACUCCUCUUCUUGCUUCAACUUGUGUUGGAACCUUGGAAUUUCGGUCGGUAGCCGAGCCUGUCAGCAUGAUGCAAACGGCUUUAGCAAGGGAUCCCAAUUCUUACUUUUAUCUGGCUUCUUGCAGGGGCAUUGAUACAAACAAGCACGAGGUGUUCUGUGAGACUGUUAGUAAGGGUGGACUACCUCAGGAGCCUUACCAAUUUAGAGUUGCUUAUGAUAAGCUUGUGAUUGCUGCUGGAGCUGAGCCCUUGACUUUUGGUAUCAAGGGAGUGAAGGAACACGCCUUUUUCCUCCGCGAAGUAAAUCAUGCUCAAGAAAUAAGGAAAAAGCUUCUUUUGAAUCUAAUGCUCUCUGAAAAUCCAGGUAUAUCAGAGGAAGAGAAGAAGCGUCUUCUUCACUGUGUCGUUAUCGGGGGUGGUCCAACAGGUGUCGAGUUUAGUGGUGAAUUGAGCGACUUCAUCAUGAGGGACGUUCGAGAUCGCCAUACUCAUGUCAAAGACGACAUUAAAGUUACACUAAUUGAGGCAAAUGAGAUUCUAUCGUCUUUCGAUGUCGGGCUACGGGAAUAUGCAACAAAGCACCUGACCAAGUGUGGUGUUCGCUUAAUGCGGGGUGUCGUAAAGGAAGUACAUUCCAAGAAGAUAGUUCUCAGUGAUGGGACUGAUGUUCCAUAUGGCCUCUUGGUCUGGUCUACGGGCGUCGGUCCCUCUGAAUUCGUGAAAUCACUUCAUCUUCCAAAGGCCCCUGGUGGAAGGAUUGGCGUGGAUGGAUGGCUGCGAGUUCCUUCCGUGGAAGAUGUUUUUGCACUUGGGGAUUGCGCUGGCUUUCUUGAACAAACAGGAAGACCAGUUCUUCCUGCUCUAGCCCAGGUUGCAGAAAGGGAAGGGAAGUAUCUAGUAGAGCUGUUCAACAGAAUUGGAAAACAGAAUGGAGGCAAGGCCUCGAGUGCAAAGGACAUUCCUUUGGGCAACCCUUUUGAAUAUAAACAUCUGGGAAGCAUGGCAUCUGUCGGCCGUUACAAAGCUCUCGUCGAUCUACGCCAGUCAAAGGAUGCGAAAGGCAUAUCAAUGGCAGGGUUCGUCAGCUGGUUCAUAUGGCGAUCUGCUUAUCUCACUCGUGUAAUCAGCUGGAGAAACAGGUUCUAUGUGGCUGUGAACUGGGCUACCACUCUUGUCUUUGGCAGAGACAACUCUCGGAUUGGUUAAGGUUGAAGCCAACACAAACAAAUCAAAUCACCAACACGAACACGAACACGGAGUUUUCCCCAUACCCAUUUUUCGAGUAUUCACAAAAGUUUUGAUUCUUUCAUUGUUUGAUCUUUUCUCCCAAUUCAUACAGAGAGAGAAUUUUGAAAGGCUAUGUAAGAAUUGCAAUAAAUAGUUGAAAAAAGCAAAUAUAAUAGUAUUUAUAUUGGUGG